AUGUUCGCCAAGAUCGCAGUAAUCGCUUGCGUGAUCGCAGUUGCCCGCGCGGGUAUCAUCGGCGCCCCGGCGGCCUACACCAGCUACGCGGCACCAGCUGCCUAUGCCAGCUAUGCCCCCACGGCCUACGCCAGCUACGCCCCUGCACCAGCGGCGUACGCCAGCUACUCGGCACCAGCUGCCUAUGCCAGCUAUGCCCCCGCGGCCUACGCCACCUACUCUGCCCCAUCGGUGAGCGCGACCAGCCAGAACGUGUACCGCUCCGAGGGUAACUUGAACACCGUGUCGACCCACUCCAAGAGCAUCGCCACCCCCUUCUCCUCGUCCAACAAGCAAGUGACCACCGUCACCAACCCCGCGGUCUACGCCCACACUGCCCCGGUCUACGCCGCCCCCGCCCCCGCCUUGGCCUACUCGGCACCCUUGGCUNAAAGAAAUAAGUGUGUUUCAGUGCACAAUCGGUUUUCCAAGGAGCUCGAGCAGCUCAAAUUGCUGAUAUGCGACCAAUGGUAG